AUGGGCCGGCCACCUUGUUGCGAUAAAAUGGGCGUGAAGAAAGGCCCAUGGACUCCCGAGGAAGAUAUAAUGUUGGUGUCUUAUGUCCAAGAACACGGCCCGGGCAACUGGAGAGCUGUUCCUACUACUACUGGGCUAAGGAGAUGUAGCAAGAGCUGCAGGCUAAGGUGGACCAAUUAUCUCCGGCCCGGAAUCAAACGGGGCGGGUUCACGGAUCAUGAAGAGAAGAUGAUUAUCCAGCUUCAAGCCCUACUAGGCAACAAGUGGGCCGCCAUUGCCUCGUACCUCCCGGAAAGAACAGACAACGACAUCAAGAACUACUGGAACACGCACUUGAAAAAGAAGCUCCGGAGGCUCCAAAACGGGUCGUGUGGCGACCCGAUACCCGAGAAAAACGGACUCGGGUCGGGUCGGUGGGAAAGGCGCCUUCAAGCAAACAUCCACACGGCCAAACAGGCUCUUAAGGAUGCCCUCUCGCUCGAAAGCGCCGAGCCUGUCUGCCCGGGCUCAGACAAGCCCGGGCAGCAGCAGGGGUUUUCGUACGCGUCGAGCACGGAAAAUAUAGCGCGGUUGCUAAAGGGUUGGGUUAAAAAUAGUAGUAAUAACCCGAGUUUCGAGGAGAUAAAAAUCGAGUCGAAGUGCUCGAGCGGUACUACUGCUACUACUCGGGAGUCGGGUAAAAGUUGUGGUGGGGUCGAUUUGUCGGAGGCUUUCGAGUCGUUGUUUGGUUUCGGGAGCUUCGAAUCUCCGAAUUCGGAUGGGUUUUCCGGGUCUGGGUCGAGCGUCGACGUGAAACCCGACCCGGAUGGGUUUUCCGGGUUGUCGGUGAUUGAGAAUUGGUUGCUUGAUGAGACUACUAACUUCAAGUUUGAUGAUGAGGAUCCGGAUUUAUUUUAA